CAUACUCCAGGUACCUGGGUACCUACCUGGGCAGGUGGCAGCGCGCCGCGGGAAGUUUUCCAGAAAGGAACGUCCCUAGAUCCUCCCGUCUUAUCCACAAGUCCAUCGGCCAAUUCCAAAUCCUCAUCUGUCAAUCCCAUCUUCAGCCUUGUAUCUGUUUUUUUUUUUUUUUCCCUUUCUGCUGUCGUCGACCUUGGCCGACCCGCUGUCCUCUCCUCGCUUGCCUGUCAACACGCCGCGUCUGCUCUUCUCCCGUGAGACUCAUGCUAUCCGCCGUUCCUCAGACGCCCUCGCCUACCAAUGCGUAGUCGUCUCUAACUCGUUAGGUCCCCUACGCAACCAUGCUGUUCCCCGAGAGCGACGCGUCUCUUCUCCGGGCCUGGAUCAUAAAUCGCCUGGCGAACACUUCCGACGCAGAUGCCGAUGUCCUUGCCGACUAUGUAUUAGCCCUUCUGCGACAUGACGGUGAUGUCGAGUCCAUCCGCAAGAUGUUCGAGGAUGAGAUCCCCGAUUUCCUUCGAGAAGAUGCUUCUUCCUUCACCGACGAUGUUUUUCAGGCGGUGAAGUUCCGAUCGUACCUCCCGGGAGCUCCCCCUGCCCCUCCCAUCGUCCGUCAGACUGUUCCGCCUCCUUCGAUGCCAACAGCUACCAGCGUCCCGUCGUCCGAAUACAAACCGCGCCUACCCUUCGGCCCUGCUGCGAUGGCGUCCCCGAUCGGCCAGGGUGCGUCGCGCAAGCGCGCGUUCCACGACCGAGACGACGGCGACGUGGAUAUCAUCUUGAACGGUCGCGGACCUGUUACGGGACCGCAAUCCUACAAGCAGCUCCGAAGAGGAGGCGGCUACUCCCAGCGCGGUGGGAGAUUUGAUGACCCGUACGGACCGAGAGCUCAACGUGGAUAUCCCAAUCCUUACCAGAUGCCUUCGGGCCCCAGUAACUUCGGGCCCUUGCCGCCACUCCCGUUCGAGCCUUCUCAGCAUGGUCAGAAUAUGCCGCCCAUCGAUGCGAACAGCAUCUUGGAGAACAUGCAGAGGCUGCAGCAGCUUGGCAUCCCUAUCCCCGACGUUCCCAACCUGCCAAAGCCUGUCUACUCUGGAUUCGCUCCCCCUUCGUCACGCCGCCGAAAGCAGCGCUGCCGGGACUAUGAUACCAAGGGAUAUUGCUCGAGAGGCAGCAACUGUAUGUUCGAACACGGUUCCGAAUCCCUUUUUGUGCCUUCCCUCGGCGCCUUAGGAAACGGAGAAUACGAUCCAAACAAUGCGGCGCUCACGAUGCCUCUCUUAAUAAACCAACCGCAGGCGCAGACAUUCCAGCCUCCGAAUCCUUCCCCAUUUCACGGAGCGCCUCCCGCGAAUCGGCGCGAGCCUAACAAGACGAAGCGAGGCAAAGGACGGGUGGCUUUUGCCGCGAACGGGCCCGUGCAUGACAAGACUAAGAGUACGAUCGUGGUGCAGAACAUUCCCAGUGAGAACUUCAGCGAAGACCAAGUGCGAGAAUACUUCUCCCAGUUUGGCAAGAUUCGGGAAAUCGCAAUGCAGGCGUCGGAUUCGCUCGCUAUCCUCAAGUUUGGUAGCUGGGACGCUGCCCACGCGGCCUGGAGUUCGCCCAAAGUCAUUUUCGACAAUCGAUUUGUCAAGGUGUUCUGGUACAAGGACGAGGACUCUGAGGCCAGCUCGGCACCGCUGAAUGGCAAAGCUAAGAGCGACGCUAAGAAUGGUGCCGCAAAUGGCAACGCGCCGGCUAAUGGCAAUGCCGAAUCGUUUGACAUGGACGAAUUCAUCCGCAAGCAAGAAGAGGCCCAGAAAAUCCACGACGAGAGGACCCAGAAGCGCCAAGAGAUCGAACGACAACGUCGGGAAUUGGAGGAGCGGGAAAAGGAACUUCUGGCGAGGCGACUGGAGGAGAAGCGCAAGCUUCAGGCCAAGCUGGUCAAUAAAGGCCCGAAGGAUGGGUCGCCGUCGACGACAGGAGCACAGGCAUCCGAAGGCGCAGGAGAGAAGCCUAGUUCGCAGACCGAAGCCCUUCGAGCCCAGUUGGCUGCCCUGGAAGAAGAAGCCAACGUCCUGGGCAUCGACCCAAAUGCGGCGCAGGAGGACGCUUCGUGGAACGCGAGAGGUCGUGGCCGAGGUGGCCGGGUCUUCCGCGGGCGCUACGCCCCGAGGGCAUUCCGAGGCAGCUACGGAUACCGUGGCAGAGGUGGUGGUGUGGAAGCUAGACACGCUGCCUAUGCUGUGUAUUCUUUGGACAACAGACCGAAGGUCAUCGUAUUGACUGGAGUUGAUUUCACGAUCCCGGAGAAAGACGAGGCCCUCCGACAGUACCUCUUUGGUUUUGGGGAGUUCAAGGAUAUUCACACCGAUCCCGCGGCGACGCAUAUCACCUUCAAGGAGCGCAAGACGGCGGAGCAGUUCAUGUUUGGCGUUUCUGCAAACAACACCAUUCCUGGUCUGGACGACAAGCUGGAGAUCGCGUGGGCUAAUUCUACUCCACAAAUAGACAGCAAAGCCGCCCCGGAUAGUGACGCUCCUAUGACCGAUGCCACCGAGGAGGACUCAGGUGCGAAAGACAGGGCCAGUGCUCAAGAGAGUAGCGCCACUGCCGGGCUCGAAGAGGGCGAGGUGGAAAACGAUCGCGGACGGGACCAGGGCGACAUGGAUUACGAGGCUGGAGAAGACUGGGGUCUAUCGUAGAUCUCGAGAGGAGAUCGGUAUCGGAGUAAGUUAUGAUACUAUUGGAUGUACAUUACUGUCGGUAAUUGCCGAAAGAACGCCACUGGGACCGCGUUCUCGGGACGGUAUAGCUGGAGCCUGUUAAGACCUGGUCAAAAAGAUAUGAGCAUACUGUGCGUGUGGGUUAAUAAAGACGACGCAUGAUCAGGGGCACAAUAUAUUUAUCGCGUCGAGUAUAUGUAUGGCCUGUAUGUCGUUGUGCAUUUUCACCUCGUAGACAGAUGCGCAUUUCAGGAUCUUCACAUGAGUUUAGAGAAUAAGGUCUUGUUCAC